AUGCAACAAUCCGUAUUGUACGGUGACGAUGCAGCAGCCAGCAGAGACGGGGAGUGCGGCCGUAUUUAUUGCACAUGUCAAGAUGGACUGGGGGAGCGGAAUGGCAAAAGUUGGAAAGGCUGGGAGAGGGAAUACUGGGAAAGGGAAGAGCACAGCAGCAGUAACCACGAAGCUGGGAGAGUCACGAGGAAGUCUGAAGCCGUUUCUCAUAGCGAGGUCCUCCCCUCAACCUACCGCGUGCUCUCAUUCGUCGACACCUUCUGCGCCUCCCCGCUCGUUCCGCCCGACCGCCGCGAGGACGACCCCGUCAUGGGGCCGCUCCCAGGGGGCACCGGCGCGGGGGGGACCGGCGCGGGGGGAGCCGGCGCGGGGGGAGCUGGCGCGGGGACUGGCGCGGGAGGGGCUCAGAACACUGGGGCAGGAGGGGGAGCUGGACCGAACUGCACCGUGUCAGUUUCCACAGGGCUGUUACCGUCGCAUGCUGAUGCGAACAGCAGCGAAAGUUACAAUUACAACAGCACGGAGUGGCGACUCACGUAUGUUCUCGCUGUAGGCGUAGUUCCAACCGAUUUCGACUGGCCCGACCAGACGGUACAGUCCAUACGCGUUAAUGGCCGCGAGAUGCUCACAGCAGGGCCGUGCAGGCCCGUGGGUCGGUGCGGCGGCACCCGCCCGUUCGCGUGCUAUAUGGGGGACGUGUCUUGGGCUCUGCCUGUGAACAGUCGCAACCCAGCGAACAGUAACAGCAGCACUGCUGGUAACCCUAUCGUCAACGCGACGCUGACCGUUACAGUGACAGCGUCCGCGGCGGUCGCACAGCCGUGUCGCCUCUGCGGGGGCUUCCAGCAGUUACCCUGCCAGGUGUUACAGGCAGCGGUUCGCCUCACGGCCGUGCUCGUGCCAGUCGCGCUGAAGCAGCCGCAGCCAGGCCAGCCGCUGCAGGAUCCGGCUCCCUCUGGCGCCGCUACAGCUGUCGGUUCCGCUACAGCUGUCGGUUCCGCUACAACUGCUGGUUCGGCUGCAUCUGCUGGUUCGGCUGCAUCUGCUGGUAGUGUUGGCGGUGGUGGUGGCGCGGGACUUGUUGCACUGCAAUCGCGUUUGUUCGCUUCCUCUGCAAAGGUCGCGGAAGGGCACGCUGGGAGCGACAGUGGGGGCGUGGCGAAGGUGGGGCGCGCGCGCUUCUCGUGGAAGGCGCUGGAGUCGACAGGCGUGCACUCUCCCGCCCGCUGUGACGCCUGCACCUUCCUCUGCAAGGUGGACGCCCUUCCCAGCUUCCCCUGCCCCCGGGGGUGGUUCACAGCGCGUGGCCUCACAGACGGUCCCCACCGCUUCACAGUCACUGCGCUCAAGGGCGCGCCAGGGGUCACUGGCAGCCGCCUGCAGGCCGCUGCUGCUGCUGUUGGGAUGGGCGGAGAGGAUGGGGGAGGAGGGGCAGGGGCGCAGGUGGAGGCUCAAGCACAGGCCAUGUAUGAAUGGGCCGUUGACGCGGCCAGUCCAGUGCCAACACUGACAGUGGACCCGCCACAGGCAAGGGAGGGGUCGGUACAGAUCAGCAUUGCCUUCGACAAGCCCUGCCCCGGCCUGCAGUGCAACGCCACUGCUUGCGACGUGGAGGCGUCACCACGGGGCAUAGUGGCCAUCGACCCCUCCUCGCCAGGCAGCUGUGCUGACUCCAAUGGGAGGGCGUGGACGGCGGGGUUUGACUCUUAUGCCGUCAUCAGAAUAGAUCGCACCACUUUGGAGGCCACUCUCUCGUGCGACACGCCCUUGGCAGUGGUCAAGUUCUUCACACAGCUCAGAGCCACGCCGCGCGUCUCCCAGUCGCCUGUGACCUGCCGGGUGCUCUUCUCCAAGCCCGUCUCUGCCUUCUCCUCCGCGUCCCUCGCCGUCGUCAACGCCACCACCAGCGACCCUCAAGCUGUGUCCAACCUGGAGUACCAGUUCCAGGUGUGGCCGACAGGCGAGGGGUCAGUGGUGGUGGACAUACGGCAUGAGAAUGUCACCGAUGCUGCUGGCAACACCUGCCAGCCCUCACAGCCAUUUUUCUUCUUCUUUGACACCACGCCCCCCUCAGUGCAGCUGAGCGUGAGUGAGACCAGCGCCACAACAGACUGGGUCUACCCCAUCCUCGUCGCAUUCUCAGAGCCCGUGCUGGGCUUUAACAGCUCCUCUAUCCAGCUGUCCAACGGAGUCAUCACCUGCUGGACAGGGGUGGACAGGGGUUUGGGGCGGUACUAUGAGGUGACGGUGGCGGCAGUGAGUGAUGGCGAUGUGACUGUAUCGGUGCCGGCAGCAACGGUGGUGGACAUUGCAGGCAACCUCAACUCGCCCUCCAACACACUCUCCCUCACCCACUACGCCCCAGGAGAUGCGGGCACAAUCACAGCGUGGGUGGUGACGGCAGUGGUGGGGUGGACAGCCAUAUCGACGGCCGCUGUGUCCCUGGCAGUGACCAUCAAGGAGUCAGACCCCACCUCCUCCCCCGGCAUCCGCAUCGUCUCCAACCGCCCUUUCCGUGCCGUUAGCACGCCCGUGGUUGGGGCCGAUCCGUCUCGGAACAUUCUGCGCAUGGCCCUGCACCUGCAAGUCUUUGCUCUCACGCAGAACCUGGCGGUGCGGGUGCUGCCACUCUUCUACCGUCAGCUCACAGGGGGGCUGCGCUGGACCUACUUCUACAUUCCUGCGCCCUUUAAGGGCUCAUUCGACGGCUGGAAGGGCGUUUACUCCUCUCCCUCUGAGGCGCCUGGGCAGGACAACAGCACUGCAACGCCCUCCUGUGCCCCGCACUACCUCGCCACCAGGACAGACAGCGCCGCCUCUUCGUCCUCCGCCAACCCCUCUGCAUCGACUCAAUCCAAACUCUCUUUCUCGUCAACCUUCUCCCCAGCAGCAGCUGGCAACACAGCAGCGGACAGCACAGCAGCAGAGGACAGCACAGCAACACAUUCUCCCCUCCACCCGCGCAACCUCCGCAACAUCCUCUCCUCUUCCUUCCACUCCCUGCUCUCCUCUCUCUCCUCUCCCUCGCCCUCACCAUCCCACCGUGUGCCCCAUCCACACACUGUGCGCUCCUCUCGCUCUCUCCGUAACCGCUUCAAUACUGCCGACUCCUUGCCGCCCCAUGCCCAUGCCCAUGCCCAUGCUCAUGCUCACGCGCACAUGCAAGCACAGCAACUAACCACAUCACAUGUGCACAUGCAAGCACGGCAACUAACCACAUCACAUGUGCACAUGCGGCAUGCCAUGUCACAUAGGAGCCGCAACUUGGGGUCGUCCCGAGCCCUCCCCUUCCAACCCAUCCCCUUCUCGCCCCCACCCGCCCUCCUGCUACGAGGCCUGCCCUUCACCCCCGCAUCGCUCCCCUCCUCCUUCCUCCCUUCCUCCUUCCCCUCCUCCCUUCACUCUGCCUUCCCAUCCCAUACCCUCCUCCCAUCAUCCGUGUCGUCGCAUCCCCCCACCACCCAUUAUCACCACAUGCUACAAGAAACGACCGCCAACAGCACCAGCAACAGCAGCGCAAGCGAUUACAGUAGCUUCAACGCGACUGCUCUGAUAGCACUGGCAGCGGCAGGGGGCGGGGCAGGGGGGGAUGCAGCAGCAGCGGUGGCAGCAGCGAGGGGGUUUGACCCGACGCUGCUGCCACGGCUGAGCGAGGAGGAGUAUGAGUACAUGCAAGCGUGGGGUGACGCCUAUUACUCGCACUUCCCCAACCUCUUCUACUCCUACCAUGGCUUUGAGCAGUUCUGCACGGUGCUAUUCUGGUUCGCGCUCUUCUUCUUCGCCCUCUCCCUCCUCCAACUCCUCUUCCAGUGGGCAUGGCAGCACUGGCGCUACCAGUGGCUCUACGGCCUCCUCGACCCGCCGCGCCUGCAGUUCCUUCUCCUCGCGCUCUCCCUGGCGGGCAUCUCCUGGGGCUGCACGCUGCUCAUCAGAGGCAGCAUGGAGCCGGGUGGAACUGCGGCAGGGCUGGCGGUGGGGGUGAUAGUGCUGUGCCUCUGGCCCGUGCUCUUCCUCAUCUUCUCCUUCUCGGUCGUCUGGUACAUUGUCGUCCAGGAGCAAUUCGCACGCUUCUUCGUGCGGGAGAUGACCGAGCCGCGCAACAACGGGUGUAUCGCCUCCUUCGCACGCGCCUUCUGGGCCGCGCUGCGACAGAAGCGACUCAAGGGCCACUGGGUCACCAUCACGCCGUCACAAAAGCACAUCCUGCCAAGAUUCGGGAUAUUCUUUGAGGACUUCACAGUGUGGGGCUCUGUGGGCACCUGGGGGGUGCUCAAGGAUCGACUGAGGGCUGCUUAUGGCACCCUGGACUUUGUAAAAAUGGUGCUGGUGGGGGCGCUGGUGGGGGCAUGGAGUCCAACAGGCAAUGCCGUGGCACAGCAAGCAUGCCUGCUCGCCCUUGCCCUGCUCCACCUGCUCUUCCUGCUCUUCCUUCAGCCCUUCACGGAAAGAGGCCUACAAGUGGUAGAAGCUGUGAGCUCAGGAGCGGAAGUGGUGUUGUUUGCAUGUGCGCUGGCCAUGGCCAUCGAUUGGGACAUGUCUUCUAACUUCGCCGGCACCCUCGGGCUCGUCAUGGCUCUGGCUGUCGGCCUGGCUUUCAUCGGCCAACUGUUUAACCACUGGGUGGCUCUCGGCCAGCAGAUCAACCGCAUGCUCAACCCGCCUGACGACGAGAGAAGCCCGUCGCACCGAUCCGACGGUGACGAUUUCUCGGAUAAUGAUGACGAUGACCUGGACGACGACGAUGAUGACGAGGAUUUUGACGACGAGGACGACGGGAAUGGUGACGAGGACGAGGAUGAUGAUGACGAUGAUUACGAUGAUGAUGAGGAUGAUGACGAGGAGGGGGACACAAGCAUGGAUGAAGCAGAAAGGGUUCGGCAGCAGCAUCAGCGGCAGCAGCAGCAGUAG